AUGGCAGUCCAAACCUCCCCCAAUGCCGUCGGCAUUCUCGAGCCUGCUGCGGUCGACGUCGAAAAGCUCGGAAGACAAAGGCCGGCCGUCUUCUCGACCAAGGCUGCCGAAUGCUGCUUCUGCUUCUCGCUGCUGGCUUCCAUGUUCAUGGCGGAGUACUUCGUCAGCGGAUUCCAAAUCAUCCUGCCUGCCUUGACAACAUCACUCGAUAUCCCCACCGCCGCUCAGAGCUGGCCUGCCAGCGUCUUCUCCCUCGUCGCUGGCUCCUUCAUCCUACCAUGCGGUCGACUAGCGGAUAUAUUCGGAGCGCGCAUGUUGUUCGUCUGCGGGCUGGUGUGGUGCGCAAUCUGGUCUCUGGUUGCCGGGUUCAGCCAGAACUACAUGAUGCUCAUCGUCUGCCGCGCUCUGAGUGGCCUUGGUCCGGCUGCUUUCUUGCCGGCUGGAAUCAUGCUGCUCGGCACCGUCUACAGACCCGGGCCUCGAAAGAACAUCAUCUUCAGUCUCUACGGUGCCUUCGCCCCCAUCGGAUUCUUCACCGGCAUCUUCUUCGGUGGGGUCAGUGGAGAGCUGCUCAGCUGGGGCUGGUACUUCUACUUCGGCACCAUCUUUCUCGCAACCGUCAUCGUGAUAUCAGUCUUCUCCGUCCCCGAAGACCGCCCUAAUGGCAAGAGCACGACCAUCAAGAUGGAUUGGUGGGGUCUCGUCACGAUUGUGCCCGGCCUCCUUUUGGUGGUCUUCGCAAUCACUGACAGCUCCCAUGCCGGCCAUGGCUGGGCUAAUCCGUACAUCAUUGUCACCUUCGUUGUUGGCGUGCUGUGUCUCCUUGCCGCCUUCUACGUCGAGGGCUGGGUUGCCGACCAACCUUUGCUCCCAUUUGACAUGUUCAAACCAAAGUCUAUCAAGCCUCCUGUCAUUGGCUUGUUCUUCUCGUACGGCGUCUACGGCGUCUACCUUUUCUACGCCAGUUUCUACAUCGAGCUCGUCCUCGGGAUCGGGACGCUCCAGACCACGGCAUGGUUCGCGCCCAUGGCCGGGGGCGGCCUCAUACUGUCCACGGUCGGCGGGCUGGUCAUGCACCUGCUGCCGGGCAAGGUGCUGAUAGUGCUCGCGGCGGCGGUCCAGACGGUCUGCUGCCUGCUUUUCGCCAUGAUGCCCGACAGCCCCGACUACUGGGCGUGGGUGUUCCCGGCCAUGGUGUGCGCCACGCUCGGCGUCGACGUUACCUUCUCCGUCACCAACGUCUUCAUCACCACCAGCAUGCCGCGCCACCGCCAAGGGCUCGCCGGCGCCCUGAUCAACACCACCCUGUUCCUCGGCAUUGGCUUCUUCCUCGGCGUCGCCGAUCUGGCCGUGAGAAGCACCGCGCGGUUGGGUCGCAAGGGAAGCUACAAGGUGGCCUUCUGGUUCGGCGUUGCGUGCUCCGGCGUUGCGUGUUUUGCGUUCCUGUUCGUGAAGAUGGGGAGAGCAAAGGGGGAACUCACGCAUGAGGAGAGAGCGCGGUUGGAGGCGGAGGAUCAGUUGUGA